AUGGCUAAUUAUUAUCGUGAGCUAGAGGACAGUGGUGCAAAUUAUGAAGAGGAGGAGGCACAGUUAUGGAGAGAACCGAUUUACUCUCGACAAAGACAAAGAUUUGAUGGACAUAAUCAUAAUAAUGACGCUAUUUCUUCACAUAUAAGGAGAAUGCCCGACGAAGUAUGGCUGAUUCCAGCUAACAUUGAUGCAAAGAAAAUUCUUGGCGAGAAAAAAGCCAACCUACAACGUAUAGAAGCCUCAACUAAUACACACAUGAAUUAUAACGAUAGUGAUGCGCAAAUCGAAAUGUGGGGAAACCGAGAUGAGCUUGCUGAAGCAAUAAAACAAUGGAACACUCUCGCUCAGAAUAUUCUGGAUGAUGAAUUAAGAAGAACUAGGGAAGCUAGGAAAGCUAGAGAGGAAAAGAACAAGAGUGCUUGGGCAAAGCCAGAAAAGGAACUUACAGAAAAGCAGCGUAGAAAGCUAAAACGAAGGGAAGAGAGGGCUGCCAAGGAAAAAGAAAUGGCCGGACCCAAUUUUCCUCGGGAUAGAAUGCCAUAUAACGCACAUUUCGUGUUACCUACUAAUAAUGAAAUUCCUAUUGAGCAAAUUCUUGGGGACAAAGAAGACGUGCUGAACUCCAUUCGAAUGGAUACCAAUUGUUACAUGUUUUAUGAUCCAGUCCUUAAGUUGGUUAAAAUUGCUGGAAAUGAAAGUGAUUUGGUAGAAGAAGCCGCUAUGCGUGUCAAAGUUCUUUAUUUAAAAUCUGUCGCGAGACGGAGUAUUCCAAUAAACUUGAAUGAUAAGUCAAAGCGCAAUGGAUGGGUGCAUCAUAUGAUUGAUAUACCUGAUAUACCUAGGCAACCAUAUCGUGUUAGAAUUGCAAAUAUGCCUGAUGGGUUUAUGCCUCCUCACGAUGUGGACACGAAAACUGCCAUUAAAAAUUUUGAACCUGUUAGAGAUGGGGGGGACCCUACUACUGUUGUAAAGGAAAAUGACCCAAAAGAAUCUUCAGUAGAUUUAGAAACAUUACAAAGAAUCCAAUUAGAGAAUGUCGAAGGAAUUAAGAAUGCCCUUUUACAAGCAUUAGGUGCGAUCCACUUGCUAGACGAAGAAAUCAAAAUGCGUAUCAGGUUUGGUCAAAUAUGUCUUACAGAUUACCCUAAAGAAACAUUAUGGCCAAUCGACAAAUUGAAUGCUAAGGUUUUGAAGAGUCCUAAAUUAAAUUCCAAUAUUGCCACCAAUAAUGAGCAACUCAAAGGACUUUUUGAAGUUGUUUCUCAAGGAGAUCAACAAUGGGAGGGAUCUCCUUUCCGUGAAUACAAAAUUCGUGCUUACAUGCGUCCCAAAUCUCGUGGGGAUCCAAAAUUAGAUUGCGUAUUUGACGUCAAAUUCAAAAAUGAUAACAAAAUUGGAUUAUGGAACGCGACUAUGACUGAAAGAAAUGUAUUGAAUGUUAAUAUGGCAUGUUUAGACUAUGACUAUUCGUGGAACUUUUCCAUUCGCACGGCAAAAAGAUUAAACAAUGAUAAAUUUGGCCCUCAAGGAAACUUCUCUCAAAUUAGCCCAAACAAUAAAUUGAUUUACACCAAUACCGAAGAUAUUGUAGUUACUUCUGUCUGUGAAAAGCUUAAAUGGAAAUUUUGGUGGGGGGACAAUUAUGUAAUUGAGAUUACAAGAUAUGAACAUUGGAAUUGUGAUAAUAAAUUUCAAACCAUACCUCCUGGAGUAGAGAUUGUUUUAGGCCGCGAACCUUCGCAAAACACUUUCUUCGGUGUUACGAGGGAUUUCGCAGAAAAUUGUAAUUUAUCGUCAGGGCGUGUACCAGAGUGGCAUCCUAUUGAUUUUGUCGAAGAGGAAAAGUCCGGAGGUGUUGAUCAUUUGUUGAAUGAGAUUCGAAACUUCUUAGACGUCUUGCACAAUAAUGUUUCUAAGGCGCAACGAAAUUAG